AUGCCUUCAAUAGUUCAUGCAAAUUUGUCCUGCAUUAACCUGGUUAUGCACCUUAGUAAACUCGACAAAAGCAAAAGGAAAUGGGGCUCUGCUUUUCUGACCAUAUAUUGUUCAAGGGCCUUCAAAAAUGUCCGGAGCCAUGGCAGCUUCCCUUCUGUAAGGGAUAAUGCAGAUGAAAACCACAGUGGGCUGUUGGACAAUCUUCUGCCAUCUCCACCUGAUACAGUUAUUUAUAUCAUACCACAAUGCCUAUCUGAGCUUGCCCGCCGCAAAAACAUCGAGCAGCUUCAUCAGCUUGGAGGCGUUCCAGGAGUUGCCUUAUAUCUCAAAUCUGAUGUUGGAAGCGGUAUCCAAGGUGAUGAUGAGGAAAUUGCACGUAGGCGCCAUAACUUUGGUUCAAACACUAUCCAGAAGCCAACUCCAAAAACUUUACCCAUUGUGCUUGAGACCUUCAGAGAUCCCAUCAUUAUUAUCCUACUUGUCUGUGCAACACUUUCAGUCUGUUUUGGUAUAACACGUCACGGGCUGAGAGGAGGGUCUGAUGGGGGAAGCAUAUUUGUCGCUGUCAUUCUUGUGAUCAUGGUGACUGCCUCGAGUAAACUCUGGCCAAGAAGACAAUUCUUUAAGCUAUGGAAAGCUCGUGACAACUUCUCCGUCUUUGUGAUCAGAAAUGGGCAACAGAUGCGCAUCUCAGUGUUUGAAGCCGUUGUUGGAGAUAUUAUUUGUUUGAAGACUGGAGACCAAGUUCCUGCUGAUGGCUUAUUCAUAGAUGGGAACCCUUUACAGGUGGACGAGUCAUGCAUCGCAGCAGGGAGGGAAUCAGUGGAAAUCAAUGAAAGCUGUAAUCCAUUCUUUCUCUCUGGCUCGAAGGUGAUCAACGGUUCUGCUCGAAUGCUUGUGACUGCAGUCGGCAUCAACACUGAAUGGGGGAAGAUGCUGAGCUCAAAAAGAUAUGAUAUUGAGGAAAGAACUCCAUUACAAAGGAAGCUACGUCAGCUGACCAUACAAAUAUCUAUAGUCGGUUUAAUGGUUGCUUCCUUGGUGCUGGUAGUACUGCUUGUUCGUUACUUUGUCGGGAAUAUGCGGAAUGAGGAUGGAAAAUCAGACUUCACCACUGCAGGGAAGACAAAUAUCCAUAAAGUCUGCAAUGAUGUGAUAGGGAUCCUAGCCACCCCAGUUGCUAUUGCUGCAACUGCCAUCCCUGAAGGUCUGCUCCUAGCUGUCAUGAUAACCAUUGCUUACUCAACCAAAAGGAUGGCAUCUCAAAAGGCACUAGUAAGAAAUCUUUCAGCCUGUGAAGCAGUUGGUUCUGCAGAUGUAAUCUGCACAGAUGAAAGAGGAAGUCUUACCUUGAAUCAUCUGAUAGUAAGCGAAAUUUGUUUCGGCAACAAGCUUCUCAAUGCAGGAACUUCCUCAAUCAUCCCAAGAAAUGUUCGUGGACUGCUCUGUGAAGGUAUGCUUUUGAGAAGCACUGAAGCCUCAUCAGGAUCUCCCAUUGAACUUAUUGAGAGUCAAGUUCACAGCGCAAUUCAGGCAUGGAGUGUUCAAGAUGUAGACGUCACUGUUGAACAAGUUCGAGCAAAUUGUGCCGUUCACAGUCCAGAAAUCUUCAAUUAUGAGAACACUCAAAGUAGCAUAUGGAUCAAGAGGAAUACCAGUGAUACUAUUCAUGUGCACCACAAAGGCCAACCAGAAAUCAUAUUGGCCAGGUGUUCACAUUAUUAUGAUGAAGCCGGGAGCAUCAAACAUAUGUCUAUUGAUGAAAAAAAAAACUUGAAGCAAAGAUUUCAGGAGAUGAAGUCUAAGGGUCUCAGGUGCGUAGCAUUUGCACAUAAAGAAGUGUCAGAAGAACACUCAGCUUUCAUAGGUUGCCUAGGCUUGAAAUACCCAUGUCGGCCAGAGGUACAAAAGGCUGUGAUGGACUGCCAGAAAGCAGGAGUGAGCAUCAAACUAGUCACAAGAAAUGAUCUUCCCACCGCUCGAGCCAUAGCCAUUGAAUGUGGUAUUAUUAAUCCAACUCAAGAUGAGACAACAGGAGAAUUAGUGGACCGUCAAAGCUUGCAAAGUAAUGCAGAAACAGAGAUAAAAGAGAAAUGUGGCACAAUCCGUGUGAUGGCACGAGCUUCUACUUUGGAUAAACUUCAUAUGGUCCAAGGCUUGAAACAGAGAGGCCAUGUCGUUGCAGUUACUGGACAUAGCAUAGGGGAAGCAACAGUGCUAAGGGAAGCUAGUGCAGGUCUCUCUCUGGAUAUUCAAGGGACUAGCCAAGCAAAGGAGAACUCAGACAUUAUCAUUUUGGAUGAUAAUUUUGUUUCUGUAGCCAGAGUAUUGAGGUGGGGUAGAGGCAUGUAUCACAAAAUCCAGAUGUACGCACAGUUCCAACUUUCUGUUAGCAUUGCUUGUCUUGUGAUAGACUUCGUAACAGCAGUUUCUGCUAAAGAACCUCCCACUAUCAAUAUUGUUGCGGCCAUUUCAUCAGGUAAAGUCCCAUAUGCAGCAUUUCAAGUACUAUGGGUGAAGUUGAUAGUUGGUGCAUUGGCUGCACUGGCUAUCACCAUUGAGGAACCACCAGAAGAGCUCAGACAAUUGCCACCAGUCAACCAGAAGCGGCCAUUUAUAACCAGCAUCAUGUGGAAGAAUAUAGUGGGACAAGCUGUCUAUCCUAUCAUUGUUCUGCUGACCAUACAGUUCAAAGGUCAAUCAACCUUCAACCUGGAUGCCAAAAUAAAGGAUACCAUGAUCUUCAACAUCCUUGUUCUCUGGCAGCUCUUUGUCAUAUUCAACACGAAAAGAGUUGAAGGAAACUUCUUCAAAGGGAUACGUAAAAGGAAAAUGUUUUGGGGUGUAAUCCUAGCGAUAAUUCUUCUUCAGGUAUUGAUUGUGGAACUGUUAAAGGAGUUAGCAGAUACAAAGCAACUGUCUUGGAAGCAAUGGAUUAUAUGCAUUGGAAUUGCUGUCCUAGCUUGGCCAAUUGGGUGGCUAGUCGAGAGGAUAAAAUAUCCAUUUUCUUCAAAUUUAUAA